GGCGGUCUAGUCCUUCCCCGGGGUCUCAUCCUACUGGUUAUGCGGCCCCGUAGCACUAGCACCGGCCCCGCCGCUCAAGUCCACGACUGGACUCAGUACCCGCGGCAGUGCAUAUGCACUAAGGCGAUUUUCCACUUCCCAAGCGCCUUCCGUGUCGGCUCCAGUCACUCUAAUUAGUCUCUACAGACGCUGAACUCCAAAACUGCCUCGAUGCUUCGAUAGAGCGAGCAACCUUUGCCAACAUGCUACUCCGCAUAGGCCACUGGCGCCGGCCUACGUUCAUCGUUCUCGUGUUGACCAGCUCAUCCCUAGUGAUUCUGCUUGCCCUCUGGCAUUACCGAUAUCGUCCUGUGGACUCGAUCUCAUCUUUUCUACAUCCGAGCGCAGCACCAAAACCCUCGUCGUCCGAGCACCCGAUACCACCCGUACCUCACGAAUGCUCGAAGCUGCAUUUCAACCGUCCGCAAGGGGAGAGUCCUGGUCUCGCGGUAGCCCUCUCCCCGGGCGAACUUCUUUGUCGCCCCGUCGACCACAACACGCCUGGCAUCCCCAAGCUCUUGCACCAGAGCUGGAAGAACAACGAGCUUCCGGCCAAGUUUAAAAGAUGGAGCAAGGGCUGCCGUGCCCAACACGCCGACUGGGAGUGGGUACUUUGGACAGAUGACGAUAAUCUUAAACUUGUCCAGACCUACUUCCCUUGGUUGGAAGAGACCUUCCUUGGGUUGCCGGGCCCUAUCUACCGUGCAGAUUUCGCCAGGAACUUAUACAUGUAUAUGUUUGGAGGGGUUUACAUCGAUCUCGACACUGACUGCUUGCGACCGACCGAUGAGGCGCUCGCGCCGUUCCGCAUUCCCGUCGUUGAUGCGACUAAUACAACAUCCAGCGACGAGCCCGUGAACCGUAGAGGCAUAGCCGUCUUUGGACGCCUAGGAUCAGACGAGACAUUUCAGCACAGUAUCCCAAAUGCAUGGAUGGCUUCGUCGCCUCGACACCCGUUCUUCUUGGUGCCCAUGUACACCACUAAAGACGUAGUUCAGAAGCGGAAAACAAUACUGCAUCGGCUAGGAGGCACCCCAUCUGCCGAGCACAUCACUGGACCCAUCGCUCUCAAGGAGAGUAUACUCCGCUGGAAGGCAUCUCUGAGGGACUUGUGGGAUGAAGUUGUGCUCCUCCCACCGCACAUGGUAUACCCCUACAACUGGAAGAAGCCAGGUGCACUUGGUGCGAUCUGCUCCGCCAUGUUUGCGACAUUAGAUGAGGCCUUGUGCCAGGAGAAGUUGCGGGUUAAGGAGAAAGGGAGCCUGUCUGUCACAUACUGGAGCAACACACACAAAGGCACCGGGCACAACGAUAAAACAAUUGCACAGGUCAGCCAGGAUAAGUAAAUAGCGGUGUUAAUGUCGGAAGUGUGUGUCGCUCAAUCAAGUGGCAGUCUUCAUGGGGUUGAUUCCUUUUCUUUCCUUUUCCUGUAAGCGAACCCGACAGUUGGCUUGGCCUGCUAAGUAAUGGUCAUGGCAGCGUGGCACUGUUACCAGAAUGAGGGGGCGCGCGGAAGGCGC